UUAUGGAUUAGAUGUUAAUUAUGGAGAUUAAUACUAUUGUUAUUGAUCAGUUGAGAGCAAUAUUUCUGCUGGCAAUUGGGCACACAGCAGGAAAUCUUUUAACAAACAUUAGCCUCGGAAAAGUUGCGGUUUCGUUCACGCACACAAUCAAAGCUAUGGAACCUUUCUUCACUGUCUUGCUCUCUCUCCUCUUCUUCGGCGAGAGGCCUACACUAUGGGUUGUUUCUUCCCUUGUGCCUAUCGUCGCCGGAGUGGCAUUAGCGUCAUUUACCGAAGUCUCUUUCAACUGGAUAGGUUUCGGCAGUGCGAUGGCUUCGAACGUGACGAACCAAACUCGAAACGUGUUCAGUAAAAAAUUAAUGGUUAAAAAGGAAAGCUUGGAUAAUAUCAAUCUAUUCUCGAUUAUAACGGUGAUAUCGUUUUUACUGCUUGCUCCUACUGCUAUUAUAUUGGAAGGUGUCAAGUUUAGUCCUUCGUACUUCCAAUCUGCUGCAAGUCAAGGUUUGGAUGUUAGAAAAUUGUGUGUAAGAGCUCUUUUAUCUGGUUUUUGCUUCCACACUUAUCAACAGGUUUCAUACAUGAUACUACAAAUGGUAUCACCGGUGACACACGCAGUCGGUAACAGUGUGAAGAGAGUGGUUGUCAUCGUAUCGUCUGUCAUCUUCUUCCAAACGCCCGUUUCACCUAUUAAUUCAUUAGGAACUGCAUUGGCACUUGCUGGAGUAUUCUUGUAUUCAAGAGCAAAGAGGAUCAAACCAAAAGAUGCUUAAAUUCAAUAUCUCAUUAUGUAGUAUAUAUGUAGGCAUUUAUUAUGUACACUUUACAUUAAGAAGAUAAAACGAAAAAAAUUCGAGUUUUUUUUGUUCGUUUUUUGGAUGUAAUUAAUUAGGGAUUAGACGAAUCUGAGUCAAGUCGAGUCGAACACAUAUUUUGUUCAAAUUAAUUUGAAUUUUUAUUAGAGUUUCCAAA